GACUUACCAAGCGACGCGGCGGGCGGAUCUGCUCUGGCGGUUGAGGCCCGCUCUGGCUCUGGCUCUGGCUGUGCCCUCACUCAAUUCGUCCACCCGCGCCAUUUCAAUUGCUACGACGAAUACGCAGACCUCGCCGUAUCAGCUACACGCCUACGCCCAUCAUAUCUACGCCUCCUUUUCCACUGUUUGUGGCCAUCUCGGUUGCCUACCAGGCCUGCCCAUGGUCCUGUGGCAACGCUCACGAUGAAACCACAGCGCGAGCUUUUACCUGCGGGCCCAACAGCAGCCAGCAGCGCCUCAUCGGAACGGGAGGCAACCCCGCAAUCUGCCACUGGUACCACGUCUUCUGCACCAAGACGACGUCCCCAGACAAAAAUUGCCUGCACCUCAUGUCGCCGCAGGAAAUCGAAAUGCGAUGGUCAACGUCCUGUGUGUUCCUUGUGCGCGGGCAUGGGUCGCACCCGCUGCGAGUACGAUGCCGGUCCCGACGUCACACGCUUCGCUGCCCUGAAAACAAAACACGAGGAGCUUCAACGCCGCCUUUCUCUCUUUGAAGAGCUCUUCCGCCUCCUAUCUAAGCGCUCCGAGCCGGAAUCCGUCGAAAUUAUUAGGCGGAUGCGGACUCUGAAUAUGGAAACUGAUCUGGACGACCUGGUUAAGUUCAUCAAAAACGCCGACCUGCUCAUCCAGCUGGCUUCUGCACAAGCUGAACCCCCUGCAUCGGGGGCACCAGGUUCUGGCACGAACCACCAAGACCCUCCCGCAGAAGAUCUUUCCUCCCUACUCGAGCUAUUGUAUAUCACACUCAGCCUCAUGGCUUCUCCAUUCCCCGUGGCACUGGCUGACCCCAAGAUAUCAGAAAAUCGGCGGUUUCCAAACUCGACGCAACGGCUCGCUUGGCCUUUCUUGAUACGAUAA